AUGCAAGCUUCCAACAGCACUGCCAACGGAAUUCUAAACUUGGUGACCGACGUCCAGUUAUCAACAGAAUGCUCUGUAGAACAUAAAACCCUGUUCUCAGGACUCUCGCGAGUCGAGUACAAAGUCGAAUUGUGGGCUGAUGAGAACGAUUUAAGUUUGGGUCUACUUGGUAACGUCAAUAAAGAGGGUUAUGUUCGGUCGCCUAGACUUGCCGGCUCUUCCGCCAGUAGUUAUUUUCAUUGCAAUAGUUAA